AUGCAGCCUCUGCAUGCUAUGGUGGCCAAGAUAAGGGAGUGUGGAUCGCUGCGGCGAGCAAUCAACUAUGGAACGGUGGAGCCGUGUGCGGGAAGAGAUUUCGAGUCAAAUGCGUGGAGCCCUCGCGAAACGGCGUCCAACAUCCUUGCACUGGCAAAGAUGUGGUGGUCACUAUUACGGAUCGUUGUGGCGAUGGAUGUCCUUCGACACUCGAUCUGUCGAAGGAGGCUUUUGCCACCAUUGCGAACCCAGUUGCUGGGAUCAUCAACAUUGAGUAUUACCCGUAAGGAUUUCUCUCUUUUUUUCCCACCAAAUUCUUUUUUCAUAACUUUGAAGGGGUUUUCUUCAAUUGUAAUAUUUGUUGUAUUUCCUAAUCAUUUUUUUGGUUUUGGGGUGAUAUGCAGGGCUUAA